AACUCAGUAGUCCCCCUUCGAACUUCUUUCAAUAGAUGGCAAUCUAUUCAAUAGAUUGAAAAUCCAAAUCAGUCGAUAAUAGCAUGAAUCGUAUGGUGCAGAGUAGAAAUCAAUCUGACAGAUAAAACUGAAUGAUGUUUGGUUUUAUUAUAUAAUUUUUGUUCUUCCAUUAACCCUACAGGUCAGUAUAGUCACUGAGGAUUUAUUUGAUAACAUACAGAAGGCCUUAGAAAACCCAGAUGGCUUUGACGAAGAAACUAAAAUGGCUUUGACACGCCUUUUAGAUGUAAUGGACAAAUCUAAGGAGCUCCUGGAGACAUUGAAAGUCCCUCAGAAGACAGAAUCAAAGUUUAAUGUGUUUUUGGCUUGUAAGGUCAUUCAGCCACUUACAGGUGGCACGUGUAUAAUUAACAGUGUCAAGGACGAGGACAAGGUUGCGAUGACAAACAGUGAUGUAAAACUGCCAGAUGACUUUGGCUUAACAGGAAUAGCAAUGGGUUAUGAAGAUGGCUAUUAUGGUGAGCCAGAUAUUAUUGCUUGCCCAAAGGAACAGUCUCAAAACGUAGGACCAGGAGCAGAUCAGAACAUUUAUGUACAUGACUGCAAGCAGUACACACCACCCAAAUAUUUUUUGAGUGGGCCAGUCAUGGUAGCCUGCAUAGCAAGUGUUUUCCUGGAGCUUCAGCGCUCAGAGAAACCCGAGUUUGUGGCCACAUGGGAAAUAGGGAGAGCAAAAAAUGAAGAGAGGGGUAGGGUUGCCAUUGACUCAGUACCUUCUGUUGAAGAGCCUGAUGAAACAGAGGACGACCCAGAAGAAGCUCCAAAAAAAUUGACCUCAAAAGGUGUUCCUCAACCAAAGAAGCCUCGUACUACAGGUGCCUCCCCAGACAAAGUUGUUAUUGAAGGGAAAAAAAGUGUUUCAGAAAAGACAACGAUAUCAGCACUGUCCCAAACCAUAGCAAUGGCGCUAACAUUUGCAAGAAUUCAACAGAAGCGCCACAGUGAACACCACACGUUUCCAACACUACGGGUGCAUCCCCUCGGCGUUGACAUCAUACUUCACAAUGCUGUAUCAGAUCAUUUAAUGUUGACUUGUUUGGCAUGGUCGAAGUCAGCGCUUUUUAUGUUGUGGUUGGUGCUACACCAUAACCUAUUUAGUUUUCGGCAAGUGCCAAAAGGGUACGAAGGGUAUACAUCCGGCUUUCUUGAUUAUAUUGAAUUCAGUGGUGCCAUGAAAACAGAACCUAAGUACCUUGUUUUGAAGAAUAGUUUUGAAUUGAAUCAAGAGGAGAUUCAGCGGGACUAUAGCAUAUUUUUUUAAUAAUAAGAAAAAAUGCAAUAAUGCAAAUUACUGUCCCAAAGCAUAGCAACAGCGCUAACAUUUGCAAGAAUUCAACAGAAGCGUUGACAUCAUACUUUGCAAUGCUGUAUCAGAUCAUUUAAUGUUGACUUGUUUGGCAUGGUCGAAGCAGCGCUUUUUGUGUUGUGGUUGGUGCUACACCAUAACCUAUUUAGUUUUCAUUAUAUACUUUACAUUAUAUAUUAUUAAAGUACUCGAUUAUAUUAAAAACAGUGGUGCCAUGACAACAGUAAAAAUGAGAAAAAUGCAAUAAUGCUUUUUAAACUGACUAAAAAUUUGUAAUAAUUUAUUCAAUAGCCAUUUGUAUAUUAAAGUUGCCUUUGAAAACAAACUUAUCGUACACAAUGUUACCUUCUGGGAAUGUUACCUUCUGGGAUCGAGAGUGUGAGUGUCCCUAGUCCUGGGGUAGGCUCAGUUCCAGCCGUUGGGGUUUCGUGCGCCCGCGAUACUCUCCCCCGUAACGGCUGGGCGCACGGGCUAGCCAUUGUUCCUCUAGACCAAUCAGCGAGUUGCCCCUGGCAUAUUAGCGUAUUUUCAGUUUCUUUAGGGUCUAGUGAGUGCGUCCAUACAAGUCCGAAUUUCAGGAUAACCUGGCAUAUGGGCGUAUUUUCUGUUUCUAUAGGGUCUAGCGACUACGUCCAAGAUAAUCUGGCAUAUGAGAGUAUUUUCAGUCUAUAUAGGGUCUAGUAAGUGUGUCCCAUACCAUUCCGAGUUUCAGGAUAACCUGGCAUAUGAGCGUAUUUUCAGUUUCUUUAGGAUCUAUUGACUGCGUCCAUACAAGUCCGAAUUUCAGGAUAAUCUGGCAUGUUAGCGUAUUUUCAGUUUCUAUAGGGUCUAGCGACUGCGUCCAUACCAGUCCGAAUUUCAGGAUAACCUGGCAUAUGCAAUCCCACUUCUGACACCAAAAUUGUAACCGGCGGCAAGGCGCACAACCGUGAAUAAGCAUUGCAAGGUGGUUUGACAAAAGAAUUUAUUGAAUUUCACAUGAAUUUAUACAAAAACUAAAACGGGAACGAGAACUUCGAAGAAAGUUCUUUGUCUUGUUCUACAAAUCCAUAAUGCUAUCCUCCUGGAUUGUGACUACACUGAAUAUUAUACUCGUUUGGGACCUACUUUUAUUAGAAACCCUGCAUUUUUUAU